AUGGAAGAACCUGACUUAGAUAUUCCGUACAUGAAGCUCCAGAAGCUUCUCAUGAAUUGCUGUGGGCUAUGGCCCUACAAUUCGAGACUCAUCAAUCGCUUGAUCUACAGCUUCUUUCUGCUAAUCUUAAUUUCAACAAUAGUGCCGUUGGGCUUGGGACUAAUUGAAGAAGCUAACAACGAUAUUGUUACGUACUUUGAGUCCUUAGUCAGUGUUGUCACGAUGUUCGGCGGGGUUGCCCAAAUCACUAUGCUGAGGACAAUAAGAAAUCAUCUGGUGAAGCACCUGUACAAAAAAAUCACAGCGGACUGGCAAACGCUGAAGGACGCGAAAGAAAUCAAAAUACUCUCGGCAUUCUCGUUCAAGGGAAGAUCCUUGACGUUUCUAUACAUGCUCAUAACCAUGAGCUCAUACGUAAUCUAUCUCAUGCUGAUCUACAUACCCUUGGCCAACGACAAAGCCACCUCAUGGGACUACUCCAAGAUUUUCCCAUACUACUCGAAACACUGGAUCAUUAGUGAACGCGUGCGUCAUCUGCAAGUUACCUUGCAUGGCUGUUUUGGUAUUUUCUAUGGCGGCGUGGCCUAUGUUGUCGGUAUGGCUUUAUACAUCUGCUGCUGUAAACACGUCUGCGGGAUGUAUGCUAUCGUGGGUUAUAGGUUAAAAAGAUUGAUAAUUUCGUGUGAAGUAACGUCGUCGGGAAAAUUAAGAGACGACGUCCUAGUGUACAAUCUGUACGCCAUAAUGGAUCAGCACAAAGAAGCUAUCAAAGGAGUUCACCUACUUGCACGAUUAUUUAGCCACUCCUUCUUUUUAAUUCAGCUGUGUCUUUUGGUUUGUCUCAGCUUUCUUAUAUUUGGGGUUCAAUACAACAUUUACAGCCACAAAGGAAUGGUUCGGAUGUUCCCAGCUUCCAUCAUAUUCGUGGCCCAUGUUUUCUUUAUGAACUACGGCGGCGAGCAAAUUAUCUACUAUUCUAGUAAAAUCCACACAACGACGCACUUCAUGCAGUGGUACCUGUUGUCGGUGAAAUCUCGGAGAAUUUUACUAAUGCUAAUCCGGAGAAGCUGCAAGCCUGAACAACUUAACGCGGGGACGAUGACACUAUCGUUGGUGAAUUUCACAUCGAUCAUCAAGGCAUCCUGGUCUAUGGGCACCGUACUCGUAAGUGCACACCGGAAGCACUAA